AUGCAGGACCAUAAUGACAGAUUUCGCAACUACCGCAAGAACAUUAGUCGCAUCAUUGGCUCAAAGACGGCAGCGGCACAAUACGAUGCGCUCCAGGAAGCAGAAGUCGGUCAUUUUUUGCUACAUGUUCUUGAUCAUCCCGAAAAGCUCAGAGAUCACAUCAGACGGGAGGCUGGCUCGGUUAUUCUUAGAGUUGCGUACGGGUAUAACCCGGAACCAUUCAAGGACGACUAUCUCAUUGAUUUGGCCGGAGAAGCCAUGGACCAGUUCGCCCAAGCUGCUGUUCCUGGAGCCUUCUUGGUAGACAUCUUCCCUCUCUUACGUCAUGUUCCAGACUGGUUCCCGGGGGCCAAAUUCAAGCAAACUGCAAAGGAGUGGCAUUCCACGCUGAGAGGCGUAGCAGAGAAGCCUUACGCCUUUGUCAAGCAUCAAAUGGCUCAAGGAAAGGAUACAUCGUCUUUCGUCUCACAUCUUAUUAGAGACGGUGGCCUAACACCUGAGGAGGAUUUCGUCACGAAGUGGUCAGCCGCGUCCUUGUACACGGGCGGAGCCGACACGACCGUCUCUUCGAUUGAUUGCUUCUUCCUGGCCAUGACUCUCUUCCCCGGACCUCAACAAAAAGCACAGGAAGAGAUUGACAGAGUCAUCGGCGCAAGCCGUCUUCCCCUUGCUUCUGACCGACCGAAUCUGCCCUACACAGACGCUCUUGUGAAGGAACUCCUUCGCUGGCAACCCAUUGCUCCCAUGGGUCUACCCCAUGCAAGUUCUGAUGACGAUGUAGUCGAGGGAUACUUCAUUUCGAAGGAUGCACUGCUUCUGCCGAAUAUUUGGUAG